GCCCAUUCGAGGUAUACUUACGAGAGCGCGCGAGGCCUAAGCCGAGCUAAGCGAGCGAGCGAAGCGGUCGACCGAUCGGCCGAACGAAGUGGGACCGUAGAAAAUAAUUGGAGGUGGGGGCUGAUUCAAGAAUCGACGUGGACACCCUCGCCUUCCAAAGUCAUUCACCUAACGGUCAUCGUCGCGUCAAGAAUCUUCUUUUUCUUCUUCUUCUUCCUCUUCCUUCCUCUUCUUCUCGUUCUUUCUCUUCCGUUAUCCGGUUGGACCAAAGGGAUUCGCCGCGUACCGGAGGACCACACGCUGGAUAGACUUAUUCUCAAACGAACGAUUUAUCGACCAGUGAACGGAAGUGACUCGUACAGUGAUAAGUGCAGAUGAUUCCUGCGAGGACCAAGUGAACGAGGACCAAGUGUCAGUGAAUCGCGGAGGAGCUUCGAAGUCCGACGGUAUCCAGUGACCAGUGUCGCGAUUAGUAUCGUUCGCAACGUUAUGGUGACAGAGUGCCGGAUGCUGUGCAUCUAAGAAACGGACCACCGUUGAUGAUCCUCGACAAUCUUUGAACCUCCUCCUAUUCAAGAUGAAUCAACAGUGCAAGGUGUGCGGCGAACCCGCGGCUGGCUUCCAUUUUGGUGCAUUCACCUGCGAGGGUUGCAAGUCGUUCUUCGGACGCUCCUACAACAACCUAAGCAGCAUCUCCGAGUGCAAGAACGGUGGCGAGUGCGUGAUCAACAAAAAGAACCGAACCGCCUGCAAGGCCUGUCGCCUAAGAAAAUGCCUCCUAGUAGGCAUGUCAAAAUCCGGCUCCCGAUACGGGCGCAGAUCCAACUGGUUCAAGAUCCACUGUCUCCUGCAAGAACAGCAACAACAACAACAGCAACAACAGCACCACUACCAGCAGAACCUCCCCAGCCAGCAACUAACGCCACAACAGCGAAAGCCGAUGAGUCCACCUAUCGGUAUCCACGCGGGUCAACGGAAAGACGACGUGCUGAUGUUGGGUCUGGACGAUUACAAGAACUCGACCUCGCCCAGCAUCAGUUCCCCUGAAUCGCACAACAGCGACAGUUCCGUGGAGAUAUCCGAGAGACGAGCCGCGUAUUCGGGUCAUCCCGGGUUCAGACCGUUGCACUCUCACCUGCAGCCUUCCGUGGCCGACCUGUCGGCGCUCAGCAAGGAGAUGAUGAGUCUUCCGCUCGGUUUUCACCUGGGUGGCAUGUCCCUGCUACCACCGGCCUUUUUACCGCCGCCGAGUCUCACCAUGUUCUCCCCGUACCAUCUGUACGCCACAUCCCAUGGCGCUUCGCAUCCGCUGGUACCUAACCCCUCGUCUAACCUCCUGCGACGUUCGCCAGUGGUGGAGGACUGCACUGCGAGGAAUCAUGGAAUUGCACCAUUUGGGCAAUUAGCACGAGCACAGUAG